AUUUCGGCCAAUUCUGUUGUUUUCAAUGAGGUGGCGCAUGGGGUAACAGUGCAAAUGAAAAACAUUGAAUGGUAACAAAAUGAUGAAAUGGAUCCAAGCCAUCACGAGAGACAAGAGGAAGAGCUGCAGGUUUUACAAGCAAUUUACAUGAGCGAAUUUGAAGAUCUAAGAAAUGAACAGCAGAUUAAGGCUGGACACCCUCCAAUUGUUUGUCUGAAGCUGACACCACUUCAAAGUAUAGUAAACAGAGAUGUUUAUGCCAAAGUCGACCUUGUGGUCAAAUACACAACAAGAUACCCUAUCGACCCUCCAAUUUUACGCCUGGAAAACCCCAAAGGCCUUUCGAAUGGGCAGAUUGGUACCUUGAAGAAGGAUUUAGAUGAACAGGCCAAAAACCUCAUUGGGGAGGUUAUGGUUCUACAGCUGGCACAAUCAGUUCAAGCUUUCCUUCAUAAAUACAAUGUUCCUACACUGUCUUUCCACGAGCAAAUGCUCAAGAAUCUACAAAAAGAAAAGGAGAUACAAGAAUUGGAAAGAAAGAGGCGAAUUGCGAAGGAUGAGGCCCAAGCUAAAGAGUUUGAUGAUGAUGUUAGCAAAAUGGUUCAAGUUGCUUUACAAGAAAGAGAAGAGGCUCUGAAAGAAAAGGGGAAAAGGAGACAAGUGCUGGAAGAAAGCCGGGUUGGCUCAUUAGAAUCAGAGAACGGUGCCCCGCUAGGGUCUAGUCCCCCAAACAGUGGAAGAAGACGAAGAAAUAGUGAUAGCUUUUGUGAAAUGGAGAAGCCUUUGGAACGGCGAAGGAGCAUUAGCUGUACUAGAGUGAAGCAGAAGGUUGAAGUUGUAGAUUUUUCAAGUAAACUAGGGGGAAAAGUUGUGCAUUGUGGCAGGUGUAUUGGACAUCAUUUCCAAGGAGCAUGUACUAGAGAUGGUUUGGACCUUGACAACGGGUGUGUCGUUACCGCUUGUGAAUGGGCACUCAAAGCCAAAUGCGGAAAGAAGAAGCCAUCCUUAAGUUUUGCUGGCAGCUCUGAAUUAGAGGACAUCUCAAAACAGGUUCAAAACAUGGACCAGGAACUCUUAUAUUUGUCAUCAAAACUACAACACGAAAGCCUCAUUCGCUACCACUCUAUGUCCAUCGAAGAAAAGAACGGAACUCUAUAUGUCAGGAUUUUGAUGGACAACAUUGAUGGCUUCAGUAUAGCCGACUGCAUUAAGCCACCAGGUUUGCCAGUUGAUACCGUCAAGAACUAUGCAAAGCAGCUCGUCCAAGUUAUUAAUUACCUCCAUGGAAAAUCAGUUGUUCAUCGGGAUUUAAAUCCAUCGAAUAUCUUUGUUUGCAAAUGGAACAUUUUGAAAGUCUGUGGCUACGCUGUUCUUAGAAGGUUGUCUGAUCUCCAUAACCUCUUGCAAGAAGAAGGCACUUCUCAAGAUGAGUUUGCAGAUUACCGUAAGCUGGUUAAGCCUGGAAAGAAGGGAGACAUUUUUAAUUUGGGCUUAGUGAUAUUGUCUUUGGUCCAAGGUAAAAUUGCAACUGGUUACCCUGUGGAGCUUCCUGCUGGAUUGCCUGACGACCUUCAAGAUUUUUUGCUCAAAUGUCUGGUUAUCGAUGAAAAAGAAAGAUGGACAGCAUUACAGCUUGCGAAGCAUCCUUUUCUCAUCAUUGAAACGCCUCACAAAUCUCAUUCUAUAAAUAAUGGCGUUGGCUCUAAUCAAGCUAUUGCAGAGGAUGACAACGAUGGAGGUGAAGAAAACCUGUUACCUAUGAUUAGUGUAUUAAAUAUCCCAAGUAAAACACGACUGAUGACGGACUUUGCAAUCCUUGAAUCGCUUGGUCAAGGGGGCUUCGGUGACGUCAUUAAGGUCAGGAAAAAGCUUGACGGCUUGUUGUAUGCAAUUAAAAGGAUCAACUUGAAUCCGAAAAGUGCCCAGCUGAAGAAAAGAAUUAUCCGAGAAGUCAAACUGCUGUCGAGAUUGAACCACGAAAAUGUGGUUAGGUACUACAGUUCGUGGAUCGAGGCAGAAGAUAUUAGCAAGAGUGAAGUUAACUCUUCGGAUUCCCGCAGCCGCACCGAGAGUAUGCCGCGUAAACGCGCGGGCAACAGUGUAAAUGAGAAGGCGGAGAAGGAAAACACGGAAGAUAGUUUGAUGAAGUACAAUAACUUUGAAGAGCCAGCUUUUGUAGAUGCCAGGGAUGAUGCGGAUACUUCAUGGGCAGACGACGAGAAUCAUUUCAGCGACGCCUCUGGUACUGAAUCUGAUUCUGAAUCUGAUAGUGAAUCCGAUAGUGAUGAUGGCGGUAAUAGCAUUCACAGGAAACCCAAGAGUCCCGGUGGCAAUGCGAGUUUAUUCUUGCAAAAGAAAGACGAUAGGACGGAAUCGUCUGAGGGCGUUGUGUUUGCUAUGGAUGAAUCCAUCUUUCUUGAGUUCGGAGAGCCGUCAGAUUCAGAGGAUGAAUGGAACAGUGAUAAUCUACCAACUGCAGAAACGUCAGAAGCAAUCUCCUCAGAGGCAGUCCUUGCGCAGUACCUGUAUAUUCAAAUGGAGUAUUGCGAAAAGAGCACAUUACGCAAUGCUAUUGAUGAAGGAUUGCAUCAAUCUGCUGAUCGCAUGUGGAGGCUUUUCAGAGAAAUUGUUGAGGGAUUAUCUCACGUCCAUUCCCAAGGAAUCAUACAUCGUGAUUUGAAGCCAUUUAACAUUUUUAUGGAUUCACGUGAUCACGUGAAAAUUGGCGACUUUGGAUUGGCUACAUCUCAUCCGACGGUUCCAGUCGAUUUCUCCUCCCUAACGCUUAGUUUAGCCUCGGACAGCCGAGUAUCAACAGAUUCAUCUAAUAGGAUGACCGGGAAAGUUGGGACUGCAUUGUAUGUCGCACCGGAAAUUGACAAUUCAGGCGAACGUGUCAAGAUAACGGAGAAAGUUGAUAUGUACAGUCUUGGAGUAAUAUUUUUCGAAAUGUGUUACCCGCCGUUACCAACUGGGAUGGAACGUGUGAAAACUCUUGGUCUACUAAGAACAGAAAAAAUAUUACUACCGGAUGAUUUUGAAGAAAAACCGCGUCCGGUUGAAAAGAAGAUCCUUAACUGGCUGUUGAAUCACAACUCGGACGAAAGGCCUACGGCCUCCGAGCUUCUUGAAAGUGGAUUGGUUCCACCUAAACUAGAGGAUCGCCAUUUUGACGAGCUUCUAGCCCUUACACUAAAGCAACCAAGCUCCACGCGAUACAAGCGUCUUACAGCAGCUUUGUUUAGCCAGAAUCCUGACCCUGUUACAGAACAAAUAUAUGACUUGCAAUUCGAGAAACGGCAAGAAGGAAUGCUGCUUGCAUGCAACGCGCAUGAAUAUGUCGAGAACGCUUUACGUACGCUGUUUACGCGGCACGGUGCUGUACACUUGGAUAUACCAUUGUUAAUGCCCCAAAAUCGUGUAUUUGAACAGCAAGAUUGGAUUGCUAAUAUCAUGGAUCCGGAGGGUAUAAUUCUAUCGCUGCCGUUCGAUUCAAGAGUAAGCCUUGCGCGUUAUGUUUCGCGGAAUAACAUAAGGAAUAUUAAACGUUAUAGCAUCAACAAAGUGUUCCGUGACACAAAAAUUAGUCGCACCCACCCUAAGGAAAUUAAGGAAUGCUCCUUCGAUAUAAUCAGCGAUUCUUCAAAUUCGAUGGUGCCUGAUGCGGAGGUUCUUUUCGCUGUGGAGGAGGUUAUUAAGUAUUUCCCAUGUCUGAGACAGAGAAAUUUUUACGCACGGGUUAAUCAUACGAGUCUUUUGAAAGCAAUUUUGUUACAAGCUAAUGUAAAUGAAGAACAGUUAAACAAAUUAUUGACAUUAUUGCAAAGCUCAAAGGGCGAUAAGGAUUCAAUGCAGAAAUUAAAAAACUUCUUGACUAGCGAAAAUAUACCGGAACACAGCAUUGCAAAAACACUUUCGAUGUUAGAUAUUGAGGGUCCAUUGAAGAAAGUUCGUGAGUCUCUACAUAGCGUUCGAAAGUCAAGAGGCCUGGCAGGGUCUCUUGCAAAACAGGCGUUUAGCGAUCUGACAGCGCUCUGCAAAAGCGCCGAAAUGUUCGGUCUGCAAAUGCAGGUCCAAAUUCAGACACGCCUUGCUUAUAACCUCAAUGUUUUCUCUGGGGUUGUGUUUCAAAUCGUCGCCGAGCAUAAGCGUAAAGGAAAACUUGGAAAUGUUGAUAUAUUGGCGGCUGGUGGGAGGUAUGAUAAUUUGCUGGAGACAUUUAAAAGGUCUGGUGAGCAGAAGUACGUGCCACACGCUGUUGGAGCAAGCAUUGAAUACGAGAAGAUUGUCAAUGCCAUCCUGCUAGAUGCGUUGGAAACCGAAUGUGUCCCCCCUGAGUUGAGCAAUUGUGACGUCUUGGUUGGAGUUAUGGGUGAAUCGAUACCUGCAGAAGAAAAGCUCAGUCUUGUUAGAGAUCUCUGGGGACUGGGUAUUAAAGCGAUGCUCUCAACCUAUGACGCUGACAACAACUCUACACCUGAAGUACUUCAAGAUAUUUGCAAAGAAUCUGGCAUCAAUCACCUUGUUCUUCUCAAGUCUUCAGAUAUGGAUGUCAGAGUUCGAAGCAGAGAGAAAGACUGGUUCACCGAAGUCAAACUACCAAGACAAUCAAUAUGUGAUUUCUUGCAGCAAAAGAUUUCUGGUAAAUCUGAAACAAAAGAAGUCGAAUCGAUUGUUUCAAGGGUUUCUUCUACUCAACAACUCCAGCUUAAUGAUACGCAGUUGAUGAACAUAACUUAUAUUCUUCAAGAUAAAUCUCUGAAACGAAAGAUUGAAAGUCAAGUGCAAAGCAUUUUGUCCACUGUCAUCCACCAGUCGUUUCUUAAAACACCUGUAGAAGUGGUCGUGGUUGAUCUUCAACCCAUAGUUAUGAAGAACUUAUUUGCACACUUAGAUAUAGACGCAGAAGACGAUGAAUUUGAAGCAAGUGUUUCGGAUAUAAUAGACAAACAAAAGCUUAAGAAAUCCGCAUUGUCUAUACACAGAAUUUGCUCUACUUUAAGGGAAAUCAAAAAAGAGAGGAACGUCGUAUUGCUAUAUGGGUACAAAGAUGAUUUUUACAGAAUUUUUAUUUAAGAUUGCAAUGCUGAAAUUUUUGGUAGAUUUGUAUCAAUAUUUAUUAAAAAUGAAAUGUUUAUCUUA